AUGUCUUCGUUUCCUUUCUUCAUUCUCUUCACAAUCUUCUCCACCUUUUUCCUUUCCACUGAUGGAGUUCUAAUCAGGCAAUUCUUCAAGGCAGAUCAGAAUAAAGAUGAAACGAGCCACCUCCACUUUUUCUUCCAUGACAUUCUUAGUGGCAAAACUCCAAGUGCUGUGAGAAUUAUCGGCUCGCAAAACAGCGGCUUCGGUAGUACCUUGAUGAUUGAUGAUGCACUCACCGAAAAGCAAGAUCCCAAGUCAAAGAUCAUCGGACGAGCGCAAGGAUUUUACUCCGUGGCUGCACAACAGGAGUUUGCACUACUUAUGGUCAUGAAUUUUGUGUUUGUGGAGGGCAAGUACAAGGGGAGUAGCAUUAGCAUUCUCGGGAGGAAUCCAGUGAUGAACGAUGUGAGGGAGAUGCCGAUUGUUGGAGGCACCGGAUUGUUUCGGUUUGCUCGUGGCUAUGUUUUAGCACAUACGGUUUGGUUUGAUGCAAAUACAGGAGACGCCAUUGUUGAGUACAAUGUUUAUGUGUCACAGACCUCAUGAACUUUACCUCUUAUACUACCUUCUUUUUUGUAUAUAUUAGGAGCUACCUUAAUUUUCUAGGUUUUGCUUCUUUUUGUUUUCUAUUUUUUCUCUUAGUACGUCAGUAAUUCGAUCAUGUUCGAUCUGUUACCAAUUAUUUACUUGGACUCACAAAGUAGCUAGCAGUCCAAUGAACAAAACGACAACACAUCUAGUUAAACAGAACGACAUCGAUCAGCUAGUCAGCUACUUUAGACUCCCAAAUCAGUCCCAAUAGCAGAAUGAAAACUAGAGAGAAUUGAAGCCCGAAUCAACAAUUGGACCCUAACAGAUGUCCUCACAUCAGGGCGCAUAGAUUUGAUUUGAUUUGUUCAACUUCGGAUCAUGAUCAGUUGUGGAAAUGUGGAA